UGCAACUACUAUGAUGACUUCAUCUUCUCCUUCAUUUUUCCUUCCUAGUGAUUACUACUCUACUACUUGGCCUUCUCCUCCUCAAUCUUCUUCUGGUCUUCCUCCUCCUCCUCCUCCUCCUGAUGAUGAUGAUGAUCAAUCUCUUCCUUAUCCUCCUUAUGUCAUCAGACCUUGCGGCGCUUGUAAAAGCCUCCGGCGACGAUGCGCCCCAAGAUGCAUCCUGGCACCAUACUUUCCUCCAAAUCAACUUCUCAGGUUCAUGGCUGUUCACAGAGUAUUUGGAGCUAGCAAUGUCAUCAAAUUCUUGCAGGAACUUCCAGAGAGCCAAAAAGCUGAUGCCGUGGAUUGCUUAGUCUACGAGGCGGCGGCGAGGAUUAAAGAUCCAGUUCAUGGGUGUGCAGGUGAAGUUUUCCGAUUGCAGAAGCUUGUAAGACAACUUCAGGUGCAGUUAGCUACUGCACAGUCCCAACUUCUCGAUAUUACACCAUACCAACAGGAAAGCUUCUCAUGUGAUGACCACAAUUCAUUGAUAUGUAUGAAGAUGAUGGAAGUUGGUCAAGCUCAACAACAACCCUUACUGGAUGAAGACUUCAUGUUAGGUACACAAAGUUACCAGAUUUAGGGAUGCUGCUCAUGUGACGAGUCAUUCUUUCCUUCCAAUGCAUAAAUUGAUUCUUGAAGGAUGUAGAAAUCAGUUGCUCUAAGAUUAAGUUUUCCUUUGAACUGUGAAUGUAACAAAGAAAAGAAAAUGUUAAACCUGGAGGGCAGAGAGAGAGAGGGAUUAGGAUCAUUGCUGAAGAGGUUCCAGGGUUUUGUGUCACUCUCUCUCUCUCUCUCUCUCCAAUUUUCUCCCUCCUAUUUUGUGUCUGUCUCUCUCCUCACUGGUACCUCUCACCUUCCGGGUGCUGGAGGGGAUUCAAGUCCGAGAGAGAGGAUGUUAAUUGUUAAAUAAGCAGAAGGUUAAGGGAUUAUGAUCUUCGAGGAA